GCAAACCAUGGAACAAACGGGAUUUGUUUGGACUCUUCUCUGACAUUAAACCUAUAAAACUCGUACUAAUUUGCUCUUCACUCCAUUGGAUUUUCCACGUUGGAUGUAACAAAUAUACUCAUACAUAAUGCAGAUAAACAGCUGUUCAUAGUUUAUCGCUUUUGAUACAAUGUAACUCUUCGUCCUGAGUGUUCGAAACAGCGGCUUGCUCUAGGAACGGACAACCGACCUCAUACUUCCUGUCCCGAUGUAGGUUUCAACAGCGAAUGGAAACGAUUACGGAGGGGUUGUGGCAUGAAUUAACGAGGGCUGCAAUGAAAAGAAAUACUGCCUAAAAGUGGCCAGUUUAACGACAGACAGUAGGCUAAUACAGUCUGUUGUUGUUUUCUAGCUUGCUCUAAGGAGUCUACGGCCUUCAAGAUGCUUGAGACACCUCCAGGAUAUCCAUUUGAAGAGAUAGAAUAUGAGGAUAUAGAAGUUGAAGAGGUAGGUGUCGUAUGAUAGCUACACAUACCAAACCAUCAGCCUUCAGUGAGUGAACAUUUUAAAACAGGCAGGGGUGAGAGAAAUCACACUAGCUAGCCUAGUUGGAUAGUAGAGAAGUUUAGUUUUGUGUUCAUCCAUGUAACUUCUGAAUGCCCAUUUCAACUAUGGAGCCAAGAUACUUAUUUCAAAACACCAGCUACAGUAUCUAGAAUGAUUUGUAGAUUUAUGCAGAAAAGAACGAGACAGACCACCACUCAGCAACAUGUCAAAUCAUAGCCUAGAGGGGGAGCCUGUCUGUCCAGGACUCACAGAAGGGACAGAAAUGAAAACGCAACAUCUUCAUUGAAAUCAUGCUACAAGACUAGAGUUGCAGUGUUUUUAUAGAUGUGUGACAUUUGUUUCUCCAGGUUGUUGGCAGAGGGACAUUUGGAGUUGUCUUCAAGGCCAAAUGGAAAGGCAAAGAUGUGGCCAUCAAGACCAUAGAGAGUGAAAAUGAGAGGAAAGCUUUUGUAGUAGAGGUACAGGAACAUCCUUUACUUCUGAAAAACACGUUUUUUGUUUAACCCUGGUUUUGGGUGUAGUGUAUGUUGAAAUGAGUUUGUCUUGUUAUCCCAACAAUGUCCAUCAUUUAAAACCCCCACUAACAUUUAUUGACACUUUUGAAAUUAGGUAGCAGCAGUCAAAUGAUAUCCAAUUACAAUGGAAAUGAAACAAUACAUAUAUGUUUAGAUGGCGAGAUCCAUUUCACUUAUCCAUGUCUCUUCUUCAUCCAGCUCCGCCAGCUUUCCAGAGUAAAUCACCCAAAUAUUGUGAAGCUCUAUGGCUCAUGUGAUAAUCCAGUAAGUACAUUCAGAAGAGUUGUUUUCUUAGUAUGAUUUGCCUAGUGUUCAACGAAAUAUUGUAGUGUAGUGUGACUAUCAUUAUUCAUUUAUUAGUUAUUAUUAUUAUUAGUUAUUAUUCAUUUAUUAGGUCUACAGUUUUUCAUCUAUAUUAAUUUGACACCAGAUUUGCAAUCCCAUACACUUAGUGUUUUCUCCAUUUGAUCACAAUGAUUGUAACAUUCACACACAGGUCUGUCUUGUUAUGGAAUACGCUGAAGGUGGCUCUUUAUACAAUGGUAAGAAAUUACUCUUUGACUCUCCUCUGUCGGCAUAUAUAUUUAUUAUUGCCAUUGAAAUGUUAGCUAUUAAAAUCAGACCCAACAAUAAUAUAGAGGGGCUAGAAAUCCAGGGCUUAAAAACAAAGGUGUUAUUGUACGCUGACGACUCAAAUUUCCUCAUAAAUCCACAAUCUGUAUCCCUGCACAGCCUCAUAGAGGAUCUAGAUAAUUUUUCUAACCUCUUGGGAUUACAACCGAACUAUGAUAAGUGUACCAUAUUACAUAUUGGAUUGCUAAAAAAUACUACUUUUACAUUACUGUGUAGUUUACCAAUAAAAUGGUCUGACGGUGAAGUGGACAUACUCAGUAUUCAUAUCCCUAAAGAAAUAAAGGAACUUACUACAACACAUUUUAACAGAAAGUUAGCAAACAUAGAUACGAUCUUGCUACCAUGGAAUGGUAAAUACCUACUUGUGGAAAAAUCACCCUGAUUAACUCUUUAGUCAUAUCCCAGUUUACCUAUUUCCAGUGGUGGAAAAAGUACCCAAUUGACAUACUUGAGUAAAAGUAAAGAUAUACUUAAUAGAAAAUGACUCAAGUAAAAGUGAAAGUCACCCAGUAAAAUACUACUUGAGUAAAGGAUUACAAGUAUUUGGUUUUAAAUAUACUUAAGUAUGAAAAGUAAAUGUAAUUGCUCAAAUAUACUUAAGUAUCAAAAGUAAAAGUAUAAAUCAUUUCAAAUUCCUUAUUAAGCAAACCAGAUGGCACCAUUUUCUUGUUUUUUAUUUAUUUACGGAUAGCCAUGGGCACACUCCAACACUCAGACAUCAUUUACAAAAGAAGCAUGUGUUUAGUGAGUCCGCCGGAUCAGAGGCAGUAGGGAUGACCAGGGAUGUUAUCUUGAUAAGUGUGUGAAUUAGACCAUUUUCCUGUCCUGCUAAGCAUUCGAAAUGUAAUGAGGACUUUUGGGUGUCAGGGAAAAUGUAUGGAGUAAAAAUAACAUUAUUUUCUUUAGGAAUGUAGUGAAGUAAAAUGUGUCCAAAAUAUCAAUAGUAAAGUAAAGUACAGAUACCCCUAAAAAACUACUUAAGUAGUACUUUCAAGUAUUUUUACUUGAGUACUUUACACCACUGUCUAUUUUCUUAUGGCCCUGCCUACGCCAAGCAAUUUGUCUUUGGAAUUAUUUGAGCAAAAAAUAUUUCACUUUAUUUGGAAUGGCAAGCCAGACAAAAAAAACAGGCUUAUUUAUAUAAUGAAUAUGAGUUUGGGGGGCUAAAAUUAUUAACUAUUAAAGCAUUAAAUCUCUCACUAAAAGCAUCAGUCAUACAAAAGUUAUACUUCAACUGGAUGUCCAGUAGAUUAGUAAGAAUGGUUCAUCCCUUGUUCAAAAAUUGCGUUUUUCCCUUUAUCCAGAUUACAACCUCUCACUUUCAGUUAAAUGAAAAUGAACUCUUUGAAAAUAUCACCCUUUCUAAAACAAGCCAUACAAAGCUAUGUUGCAAUUACAGUUUUAUUCUCCAGAAAAGACAGAACAAAUAUUACAACAAAUAAUAUGGUUAAAUUCUAAUAUACUAAUUGAUAAAAUAAAACAUUCGUUAUGGAAAAAAUGUUUUAAAAAUGAAUUAUUUGUUAAUGAUAUUAUGAAUAGGAAAGGUGGAGUUAUGCCCUAUAUUAAAGACCAAAAUUGGCACCCAAUAAAAUCUUAAAUAUAUACAUUUUACUUGAGUACCAAAAUGUUGACCGUUGUGCCUUUUAAAGGUUGCAAAAUAGUUGCCACAAACAGAAUGUUAUGUAUAUGGGGCAUACAACCAUCUCAGCUCUGCAGAUUUUGCUAUGAAGAGACAGAAUCAUUAGGUCACUUAUUUUGGUAUUGCCCCUAUGUAGCUUGUUUCUGGUCACAGCUUCAGGAAUGGCUGAAAAAUCACAAAAUGUAUCUAAAGUUAACCCUACAAAUAGCACUGUUGGGAGAGUUGGAAAACCAUAGUCAAUUAAUCAAUAAUAAUAAUAAUAAUAAUAAUAAUUUUAGUAAAAAUAUGUAUCUUUAACUUACAAUCUGUAGAUACUAUACAAUUAGACAGGUUCAGAAUUUAUGUGAAACAUCACAGCACAGUUGAAAAAUAUAUGGCACAUGGAAAUCAUAAGAGGGCGGUUUACAGAGAUAGGUGGGAUGGACUGAGAGUAGCUGAGGGGUGGGUUUAAAAGCUCAUGUUCUAUAAUAGUAUUGACUGAACCCGAUUUAUAAUGUAUAAGUACUAUCUAUCUAGAUGUAAUGUAUAUCAAAUUUCUUAAUUCUUGCUAUGUAACUUCUGUAAAAGAAAUAAGAAGUGGCAUGUAUGUAAAAUGUGUAUAGAAUAUGCAUGAACAACAAAAUCUCCCGAGUGGCGCAGUGGUCUAAGGCACUGCAUCGCAGUGCUAGCUGUGCCACUAGAGAUCCUGGUUCGAAUCCAGGCUCUGUCGUAGCUGGCCGUGACCGGGAGACCCAUGGGGCGGCGCACAAUUGGCCCAGCGUCGUCCAGGGUAGGGGAGGGAAUGGCCGGCAGGGAUGUAGCUCAGUUGGUAGAGCAUGGCGUUUGCAACGCCAGGGUUGUGGGUUCGAUUCCCACGGGGGGCCAGUAUGAAAUUUUUUAAAAAUAAUAAUAAUGUAUGCACUCACUAACUGUAAGUCGCUCUGGAUAAGAGCGUCUGCUAAAUGACUAAAAUGUAAAUGUAAAAUAAAAAGUUGUAAAACAAUGUUUAUUUAUGUCCUCUGGGGGGGGGGUGAUGGAUGGGCAAAAAAUAAAAUUAUGAAAGAAAUACUCUUUCAGCUACAUUUCAAAUGUAAAUUCUAAGCUAUUUCAAUAAGUAUAUUGUUCGUCUAUUUACCAAUCCAUAGUGAAUUCUUAAUCUUAAUCGGAGUGCAAUUAUCUGUAUAUCAAUCUCCCACUAUAUUUCUGUGUAGUUGAGUGAGUUGUCUUGUACAAGUGAUUCUUACUGAAUGUCAUUGUUCAGCCAUGAUCUGUGAGGGUCUGUGCCAGUUACCAUGUUGAUGUUCUCUCUCUGUCUGUUCUGUGUGCCCUCCUCUCGCUUUCUUUCUUUCUCUCUCUUUCUUUGUCUGUCUGUCUGUCUAUCUGUCUGUCUGUCUUGACUGUGUUGUGUCUGUCCAUUCCCAGUGCUGCAUGGAGCUGAGCCCCUGCCCCAGUACAGUGCAUCCCACGCUAUGAGCUGGUGUCUGCAGUGUGCUCAGGGGGUCUCUUAUCUCCAUGGCAUGAAACCCAAGGCCCUCAUUCACAGAGACCUCAAACCACCCAAGUAUGGCCAUUUUGUUUGUGCUGUUCCUAAACUGUCUGUUUUAGGGUUCCAAAAUGCCUGUAACCUUCCCAAAUUUUCCCCGUUUUCCAGAAGAUUCCUAGAAUUACGAGGGAAUAAGCAGGACAUUUGGGAAUCCUUCAACCAGGAUUUCUGGAAAAUGGGGGAAUUGUGGGAAAGUUACCAGAAUUUGGCAACACUAGUCUGUUUACAGUACUUACAUAUUUAAUGAAGUUGUUGCACUCUCUGAACCUAAACCAUAGCAAUGUGUUUCAGUCUGCUGCUUGUACAGGGUGGCACAGUGUUGAAGAUCUGUGACUUUGGGACAGCCUGUGACAUCCAGACACACAUGACCAACAACAAAGGAAGUGCAGCCUGGAUGGCACCAGAAGUGUUUGAAGGCAAGUAGCCUUUAGCAAGGGGCUUUCCUCCUUUCAUUCAAAAGCAGAAGACCAAAAUGGACUGAGCACCAAUUCUCUCUGUAUCACCAAUAGAACAAUCUAUGUUCUCAGUGUAACCUGUAUUCCUUCACUCACCUGUAUCUUUCUCUGUGACUCUGUUGUCCAGGCAGUAACUACAGUGAAAAGUGUGAUGUGUUCAGCUGGGGUAUCAUCCUGUGGGAGGUGAUCACUCGCAGGAAGCCCUUUGACGAGAUCGGAGGAUCCGCCUUCUGCAUCAUGUGGGCCGUGCACAGAGGUGAGAGGUCACAGAGCCAUAGACGCUUAGUGAAGUUACAUACACACCGAGGAAUAAAACCGAAAGAGAAAAAUAUAUGUGUAGUGAGGUGGAAUAUAGGUUUGAAAGAAAACCUCACCUAUUUGUUAGAUGAAGGAAAGAAGGUGAGUAGAAGAAGCCUCUUUAGACUGAGAUGCAAGUCUCCUGUAUGGGUUCUCAGGUACUCGCCCACCCCUGAUAAAGGACCUCCCGGAGCCCAUUGAGGGCCUGAUGACACACUGUUGGGACAAAGACCCUGCCCAGAGGCCCUCCAUGGAGGAGGUCAGAAACACCAUGGCAAACCUCAUGAAGGUACAGUACUGGAAAACCCCACAGACCCAUGUUCUCAGAACUUCACAUUCACAACACUAAUGAUAACCCAUAGAUGUUAGUAAUACCUGCAAUUUAAUGACUUAUCUCUUAGGGGGGAAUUCAGACCCAAGCUACGCAUGCGUAAAUUGAACUUUAUUCCCUUUUCAUGCACUUUUCUCUCUGAGUAUUCUGACCUUGAACUUAAGUACGAGGAAACGCAGCCAGCUAUUCGUUUGGGGUGGAGAUCAUAGAAAUGUAGAUGUGGCAGAGGUGUGUCUUCAGAUACGACGUAUUCUGACCUUGACUUAAUUCCCCUCAUACUUUCAACACCUUGACGUGCGAGGAAAUCAUGAAUAAGGUCAAAUACCUGUCGGUUCCAAGUGGAAAAACAUUGACUAUUUUCAAUAGAAAUGACACCAUUCUCCAUGCACUGAAAUGAAUAAAUUGAUAAGAGCUUGGUAAAUGAUUUAUCUGUUUCGAGAAGGGGAUUAUAAUUAGGCCUACAAAUGGCAAUUGUUUUAAAUGAUUUUUCCUUAUGAUUGCUGGAGACGAAUGUGAAACCAAUCAUAUGGGAGCAAACUGAAAAUAAUUUCAACAAGACAUAUUUCGGCCCCUUUUCCACAGUGAAGUAGGCUAUAAAUAGCUGUGCCGCUUUUCCACAUUUUUAUUGUAUGUCCUCAUAAUUUGCGGGGAUGAAAUUUGGAGACCCAAUCUAUAGGCUUCUUUAGCGCCUACCCUUCCGAGUAGAUUUAUGUGCUCUAGAAUGUUUUAAUUAUAUGCCCGGGCUUUUCUCUGUGUUUUACAAUUUGUAUCAUAUUAAAUAUUAGCCACUAUCGAUAGCCACCGUCAGUAAUUACCCACAUACAUUUAUAACUGUCACUUUAGUGUUAGUUUCCUUCAAUUUGUAGCCUACAUUUGGCAUCAUUUGGAAAAUGCAGUUGCCCCUAGAGACUGAUCUUGGGUCUGUUUAGUACCCCCCCCCCCCCCCCCCCGUCCAAUGUUUGAAGUUAGGAUUUGAGGAGGACAAGUUGAUCCUAGAUUUGUGCCUAAGGGCAACUUCUGCCCAUAGCUCGACAUCCAGGAAGUAUCAGAAAGGCUUUGUAGAGAAUUAUUGAUGUUGUGAAAGGGGGUGACUUGCAGUAACACCUCAGAUGACUUGAGGUGUUUCCUGUCUUGUGGCAGAUGACUGGCACUGAACCCUCCCCAGGGCUGUUCUAGAGAUGCUAGUAGUAAAAUAAGUGGCUAAGCUUGUUUUCCCUCUCUGACUCUGGCCUCUCUGUGACAGCUAGCUUGGUAUGGAGAUGACAAAUAGAUGACUAAGUUAUACUCAAAGGGCUGUUAUUUCAUACAUAGUUCCGUGUUUUUAAAUGUUUAUGCUCAUUCUUAUAUUUACAUCCACCGAGAACACCUUCCUAAUAUUGCAUUGCACCCCCUUUUGCCCUCAGAACAGCCUCAGUUCAGAAUUAUGUUUUUUUUUAUGUUUACAAAUUCAUUAAAAAUGAAAAGCUGAAAUGUCUUGAGUCAAUAAGUAUUUAACCCCUUUGUUAUGGCAAGCUGAAAUAAGUUCAGGAGUAAAACUUUUCUUAAGUCACAUAAUAAGUUGCAAUGUGUGCAAUAAUAGUGUUUAACGUGAUUUUUGAAUAACUACCUCAUCUCUGUACCCCACACAUACAAUUAUCUGUAAGGUCCCUCAGUCGAGAAGUGAUUUUCACCAGACACUGGAGAUGAAUUCACCCUAAAAAAACAGGCCAAAUCUACACUGGAGUUGCUUAGCAAGAAGACAGUGAAUGUUCCUGAGUGGCCGAGUUACAGUUCUUGACUUAAAUCUGCUUGAAAAUCUAUGACAAGACGGGAAAAUGGUUGUCUAGCAAUGAUCUACAACCAAUUUCACAGAACUUUAAGAAUUUUGAAAAGAAUAAUGGGCAAAUGUUGCACAACACAAUCCAGAUGUGGAAAGUUCUUAGAGCCUUACCCAGAAAGACUCCCAACUGUAAUCGCUGCCAAAGGUGAUUGUAACGUAUUGACUCAGGGGGUUGAAUACUUAUCUAAUCAAGAUACAGUGGGGGAAAAAAGUAUUUAGUCAGCCACCAAUUGUGCAAGUUCUCCCACUUAAAAAGAUGAGAGAGGCCUGUAAUUUUCAUCAUAGGUACACGUCAACUAUGACAGACAAAAUGAGGAAAAAAAAUCCAGAAAAUCACAUUGUACGAUUUUUUAUGAAUUUAUUUGCAAAUUAUGGUGGAAAAUAAGUAUUUGGUCAAUAACAAAAGUUUCUCAAUACUUUGUUAUAUACCCUUUGUUGGCAAUGACACAGGUCAAAACGUUUUCUGUAAGUCUUCACAAGGUUUUCACACACUGUUGCUGGUAUUUUGGCCCAUUCCUCCAUGCAGAUCUCCUCUAGAGCAGUGAUGUUUUGGGGCUGGUCGCUGGGCAACACGGACUUUCAACUCCCUCCAAAGAUUUUCUAUGGGGUUGAGAUCUGGAGACCGGCUAGGCCACUCCAGGACCUUGAAAUGCUUCUUACGAAGCCACUCCUUCGUUGCCCGGGCGGUGUGUUUGGGAUCAUUGUCAUGCUGAAAGACCCAGCCACGUUUCAUCUUCAAUGCCCUUGCUGAUGGAAGGAGGUUUUCACUCAAAAUCUCACGAUACAUGGCCCCAUUCAUUCUUUCCUUUACACGGAUCAGUCGUCCUGGUCCCCCAUGCUUCACAGUAGGUAUGGUGUUCUUUGGAUGCAACUCAGCAUUCUUUGUCCUCCAAACACGACGAGUUGAGUUUUUACCAAAAAGUUCUAUUUUGGUUUCAUCUGACCAUAUGACAUUCUCCCAAUCCUCUUCUGGAUCAUCCAAAUGCACUCUAGCAAACUUCAGACGGGCCUGGACAUGUACUGGCUUAAGCAGGGGGACACGUCUGGCACUGCAGGAUUUGAGUCCCUGGCGGCGUAGUGUGUUACUGAUGGUAGGCUUUGUUACUUUGGUCCCAGCUCUCUGCAGGUCAUUCACUAGGUCCCCCCCGUGUGGUUCUGGGAUUUUUGCUCACCGUUCUUGUGAUCAUUUUGACCCCACGGGGUGAGAUCUUGCGUGGAGCCCCAGAUCGAGGGAGAUUAUCAGUGGUCUUGUAUGUCUUCCAUUUCCUAAUAAUUGCUCCCACAGUUGAUUUCUUCAAACCAAGCUGCUUACCUAUUGCAGAUUCAGUCUUCCCAGCCUGGUGCAGGUCUACAAUUUUGUUUCUGGUGUCCUUUGACAGCUCUUUGGUCUUGGCCAUAGUGGAGUUUGGAGUGUGACUGUUUGAGGUUGUGGACAGGUGUCUUUUAUACUGAUAACAAGUUCAAACAGGUGCCAUUAAUACAUUGAGGCAAGUAAGAAGAAGUUUUAUUUCUGUUGUAUACAAUAUAUUUUCACCAUUUGCAAUAUUCAAAUCUCAAUUGAGAAUUUUGUCUGUCAUGUGCACUUUGGCAUUAGGGAGUAUUUGGUGGUGUAAGACUUUUUUCGUAUUGUUUAUUCUUUAUAUAUAUUUUUUUACAAAUGUUAGAAUUUUUCUUCCACUUUGGCAUUAGAGUAUUUUGUGUAGAUCGUUGACAAAAAAUUACAAAUGUAACAAAACAAAAUGUGGAAAAAGUCAAGGGGUGUGACUGUAUUUAGAUGGCUUUCUUUAAUUGAUCCCUAAUAUUCUGAACCCGUUUUCUCAAUAUAUUAUAUUGAGUCUGUCGAGAAAAUUCUAAUUAAAGGGACACCGUAUUUAAAGGGAUGGCUUUAGAUAAAUGGAAACCUAAUUGAAUGAAAACUCCAUGAGGAAAUCUGUUGGUUAGCAAUUGGGAGGGUUUUUCAGCGAUUUAAUUAAAUGUAUUCAGUGCACAUAAGGGAGUCUCUCCCAAAGAGCUCGUUGCGCACCUGCAUAAGGUAAGUCUGAAUACCAAAUACUGAGAAGUGCUUAAAUCAAAACGCAUAGGAAAGGCUCAUACAUUUCUGUCUGAAUCGGGCCCUUAGUUAUUAAUAAAUGGUGUCUUUAUUCCACAGUUUUAGUGUUUGAUUUUAUAUCUACACUGAACAAAAAUAUGUUUUAUGAGCUGAAAUAAAAGAUGCCCGAAAUUUUCCAUACGCACAAAAAGCUUAUUUCUCUCAAAUUAUGUGCACAAAUUUGUUUACAUCCCUGUUAGUGAGCAGUUCUCCUUUGCCAAGAUAAUCUAUCCACCUGACAGGUGUGGCAUAUCAAGAAGCUGAUUAAACGGCAUGAUAUUUACACAGGUGCACCUUGUGCUGGAGACAAUAAAAGGCCACUCUAAAAUGUGCAAUUUUGUCACACAACACAAUGCCACAGAUGUCUCAAGUUUUGAGGGGGGUGUGCAAUUGGCAUGCUGACUGCAGGAAUGUACACCAGAGCUGUUGCCAGAGAAUUGAAUGUUAAUUUCUCUACCAUAAGCCGCCUCCAACGUUGUUUUGAAGAACUUGGCAGUACAUCCAACUGGCCUCAACCUCAGACCACGUGUAACCACACCAGCCCAGGACCUACACAUCCAGCUUCUUCACCUGCGGGAUCGUUUGAAAACACAACCGAAUAAUUUCUGCACAAACUGUCAGAAACUGUCUCAGGGUAGCUCAUCUGCGUGCUCGUCGUCCUCACCAGGGUCUUCACCUGACUGCAGUUCGGCGUCGUAACCGACUUCAGUGGGCAAAUGCUCACCUUCGAUGGCCACUGGCACGCUGGACAAGUGUGCUCUUCACGGAUGAAUCCCAGUUUCAACUGUACCGGGCAGAUGGCAGACAGCGUGUACGGCGUCGUGUGGGCGAGCGGUUUGCUGAUGUCAACGUUGUGAACAGAGUGCCCCAUGGUGGCGGUGGGGUUAUGGUAUGGGAAGGCAAAAGCUAUGGAUAAUGAACACAAUUCAUCUGCCGCCAUCACCUCAUGUUUCACCAUGAUAAUGCACGGCCCCAUUUCUUAAGGAUCUGUACACAAUUCCUGGAAGCUGAAAAUGUCCCAGUUCUUCCAUGGCCUGCAUAGUCACCAGACAUGUCACCCAUUGAGCAUGUUUGGGAUGCUCUGGAUCGACGUGUACGACAGCUUGUUCCAGUUCCCGACAAUAUCCAGCAACUUCGCACAGCCAUUGAAGAGGAGUUGGGACAACACUCCACACGCCACAAUCCACAGCCUGAUCAACUUUAUGCGAAGGAGAUGUGUCACUCUGCAUUAAGGUAAAUGGUGGUCACACCAGAUAGACUAGUUUUCUGAUCCACGCCCCAAUUUUUUUUUUUAAAGGUAUCUUUGAACAACCAAUGCAUAGCUGUAUUCCCAGUCAUGUGAAACCCAUAGAUUAGGGCCUAAUGAAUUUGUUUCAGUUGUCUGAUUUCCUUAUAUGAACUGUACCUCAGUAAAAUCGUUGAAAUUGUUGCAUGUUGCGUUUAUAUUUUUGUUCAGUAUACAAUUCUUGUAAGCAUUGUGCACUGCACUCUUCCUCCAUGUGUGCAGUACUUCCCAGGGUCUGAUGAGCCUCUCCAGUACCCCCACCAGUGUCCAGGCAACAGCAGGAGUGGCUCCUCCUCAGCCACAAGCACAGGUGAGUUCCAUAGAUUUAGAUACGCUAUGAAAGUGUACGGAUUAUAUAAACAGUUGGAGACAAGUACCACUUUGUUGUAUUAACAUUAUGUAGUAAUUGCUUUGGAAAUGCAUAUUAAUGAAGUUCAGAAGUUCCUGUUAUUACAGAAGUUUCUGGAAAAACUGAUUAAAAAAGCAAUCUUCUCUUCUGUAGGUUCCUGUGCAGACAACACUAUCAACAGCUACAGAACCGAAAGCAACAUGGAACAUGGAACAAACUCUCAAGGGAGAGAUGACACCCUGAAAAGCAUUGAAGCUAGAUUUCCACUUCAGUUCAAACCAUCAAAGGUGAUGCAGUUAUAGUUGUCACUAAAGCUCAAGUAAUAACUCACCCCAUCCAUGUUCAUGCUGUUCAUGUUCCUUUUCAGGGGGGUACAUUACGCCCCAGCCUGCCCCUGUCCAGAGGGCCUAGUGUGGAGAGCCUGCCUGAGCGUGAGCGUACCCAGAGCCCUGCCCCCACUGAGGUCAAAGGGCAAUGUGCUGGCCAAUCAGGGCCAGAGCUGAGAGUGCCUUUCAGUCCCACAGGUAUGGGCCCUAUUUAGUAUUGGUUGUAGCAUUAGAACUAGUUUACCGAAGAUUUUAUAUGCAUGGAACCUACUGUAUUUCUGACACUCACUGCAGUGUUCACCAGGGGGCAGUACCGUAUAACAUACAAUAUAUGCUUACCAAUAUGUUUUCUAUGUCCUCAGAGAUGAAUGGUUUGGACAGCUCCAUCCCCAUGGCUUAUCUGACACUAGAUCACCAGCUUCAGGUACUGUUCUUUCUCCAUUCAUUGUCAAUCGUGACUGAUACUAAAUCCUUAUACUGAUAACCAACCAGCAAUGAUUUACAGACUUACAUCUCAAUAGCCUACCCUGUUUGGAUUUUAAGUGUCCUCCACUUGAAAUAUUAAAUAUGUUUAAUAAGUGAAGUACUGUUCAUUAUCAGAAUUGAUGUGUAAAUUGUAAGUGCAUGAUGGUGAUGUGUGUAUUUCUGGGUUGGGUUUAGCCCCUGGCCCCAUUCUCAAACUCCAAAGAGUCCAUGGCUGUGUUUGAACAGCACUGCAGAAUGGCCCAGGAGUACCUGAAAGUGCAGACUGAAAUCGCCCUGCUCACCCAGAGAAAGUAAGUCACAUAUGAGCCAAGCAUUCCCUAUGCAGAAGAUGUUCGUCCAAUGUGUACAAACUGUACUGCAGAUGGCACUGUAAUCUGGUGUUGUGUCUAAUUAAUUACUGUUGAAGAGGGUUUACUAACUUAUAUCUGUUGUGAUACCAGUUACUCUUAACAUGAAUAAAUUCAUUAGAAUUAAAUCUAAUAACUUUGUUUCCAAAACAGAAUAUUAUAGUAUUUUACUGUAUGUAGUAAUUAGUUGUAGAGUGACAGUGAAUGAAGGAUACCAAAAUGCUAAACAUGUUCUCUCUCCCGUUGUCGUGGUGAUGUGUAGGAAGGAGUUAAUCUCUGAGCUGGACCAGGAUGAAAGGGAGCAGCAAAAUACAUCCCGUCUAGUUCAGGAGCACAACAAAUUGUUGGACGAGAACAAGAGCCUCUCCACCUACUUCCACAUUUGUAAGAACAAGCUGGAGCGGAUCCAGAGUCAGCAGCAACAGAAG